AUGGCGGACGCGGCUGGGAUGGCGGAGAGGAAGCUCACGCUGAAGAGCGCCGACGGCAAGGAGUUCUUCGUGGAGGAGGCGGUGGCGAUGGAGUCGCAGACCAUCAAGCACAUCGUGGAGGAUGGUUGCGCCAACAACAUCAUCCCCCUCCCCAACGUCAACACCAAAAUCCUUGACAUGGUCAUCAAGUACUGCAGACAGCACGUCCAGAAGCGCGGAGCCGACGCCGCCGACCCCACCGCGAAGGCCUCCGAGCCGGACCUCAAGACCUUCGAUGAUAAGUUCAUAGACGUCGACCAGCAAAUCCUCUUCGACCUCAUCCUGGCUGCGAACUACUUGAACAUCAAGGGGCUGCUGGACCUGACCUGCCAGAAGGUCGCUGACAUGAUGAAGGGGAGGACUGUAGAGGAGAUCCGCAAGACCUUUGACAUCAAGAACAACUUCACCAAAGAGGAAGAGGAGGAAGUUAGGAGGGAGAACCAAUGGGCUUUCGAAUGA